AUGGCUAAGGAUCACCACAAUAUAAUCAAAGGAAAGUGCACCAAGCGGCCAAGGCCGUCGUCGCCACUUGCAUUAACCAUGGCCAUCACCAGCUCAUGCAACACGGCCGCCAGUGAUGGUGGUUUUGGUGGUGCAAGUAAUAUUUCAGGUACUUUUGAUCCUUUCACCUCCUUGCCACCUAAUGCAGAUGAACAUUCUGAUGAAGAAGAAGAAGAUAUGACCAACUGUUUAAUUCCUUUGGCCAAAAGCCAAACCACAAAAUCAUUAGAACCAGCGGCGGUGGAGGCUUCCGCCACCAAUAAGACAGCAGCAGCAGUGGCGGCUGUGGUUUACCGGUGCAAGACAUGUAACCGAUGUUUCCCUUCAUUCCAAGCCCUUGGUGGACACAGGGCUAGUCACAAGAAACCUAAGCCAACAACCCUAGAAGUAAAUCAACCCAAUGUUCAAAUCAAUUAUGAUCACCGUACAAUUCUUUCACUUCAAAUUUCAAGCCGAAAUCCAGGCUACAACCCACAAAACAAAUCUAGGGUUCAUGAAUGUUCUAUAUGUGGAGCUGAAUUCAGCUCCGGCCAAGCCUUAGGCGGUCACAUGAGGCGGCACAGACGGAUGCAGUUGUCGGCGGUGGCACCUGAUAGUCAACAUGAAGAGUCUAAAGAAGCCAUGAAACUUAGAAACCUGUUGUCAUUAGAUCUUAAUCUUCCUGCCCCAGAACCAGAAGAUGAUGAUCUUCAAGAAUCCAAAUUUUCUUUUGCAUCCGAAGAAAUUAUUGUCUUCUCCGCCUCUCCUUUGUUUGAUUGCCAUUACUAG